CACAUAAAAACCAGGUCGCGUUGAAAGCACUCUAAAUUACGUAUUGCCAUUUAUCAAACAGUUAGUCAGUCUCUGCACAGAGAUAGAGAUCUAUCAUGUCAGGAGGAGGCAUAGCUCGUGGUCGUCUUGCUGAAGAGAGAAAGGCAUGGCGUAAGAACCACCCUCACGGUUUUGUGGCUAAGCCUGAUAAUGCUCCAGAUGGUUCUCUAGAUUUGAUGAUGUGGAAGUGCAUUAUACCUGGCAAACCUGGGACCGAUUGGGAGGGUGGCUACUUCCCCCUCACUCUUCAUUUCAGUGAGGACUACCCAAGCAAACCUCCAAAGUGCAAGUUCCCCCAAGGUUUCUUCCACCCUAAUGUCUACCCUUCAGGAACUGUGUGCUUAUCUAUCCUCAAUGAGGACUAUGGCUGGAGACCAGCCAUUACUGUGAAGCAAAUAUUAAUUGGCAUUCAGGAUUUGCUUGAUCAACCAAAUCCUUCUGAUCCUGGACAAACUGAUGGCUAUCAGCUUUUUGUCCAGGACCCUGCUGAGUACAGGAGAAGGGUGCGCCAACAAGCCAAGCUAUACCCACCUACGCUCUGAUGCAAUAGUUGCUUCACCAUGCCUGCAACUUAUUAGUUAGAUCCCAUCAUGUAUGUCCAAGCCUGAUUUAAGUAGCAGAGUGAUUUAGCAUGGGUGCUAGUUAAUUGUGAAUUAUAGCUACGCUUCCCAUUUCUGUAUUAAAGGAUGUUUUUUAGUCAUGCUUUGCGACAAUGUUCCUCCCUGCAUUGCAAGUUAGCAACAAGACAACUGUUGAGUAUCAAACCUAUCUUGAUUGCCCAUUAAGAUUGUUAUUUAUACCUC